UUUCAGCUGGUGGUCCUAGGAACGCGGCAUUUUCUGGGCGCUUUGCAAUUCCUCCUUCCUUACAACCCCCACCAGAAGAAGGAUACGAUGGUACUACAGUGCCAGUGCCUGACUGGGGAUGAAUCACUUCCAACGUGGCCUUUCCACAGCUUCCAGUUGACGACAGUUUUCCUCUGAGGUCUGUGACACGGGCGAGAAUUUUUAUUUUCUCGUUCGGUGGCAUGUCUUCCUCCCGUAACCGUUACUUUUACGUUGGUGGUGACAAGCAGUGAAAUGAAACUCGAGCGAUGACGCUGCUUGCACACACAACACACCAACAAAAAAAAUAAGGCUCUCUUAUCUCUCUUCGCGGCGGCAGCAGCAGUCUUUAGGCAGAGAAUGUCUCUGACUUAAUGAUUGUUUACUGAUCCUAGUCCCUUUCAGGUCUGCGGUUGCGGACAACUUGGUACGACUGUGUUGUACAGCGAAGAUGUGGAGUUACAGAAGCCAUGGCCUUAUAAGAUCAAGGGCAAGCCACAGUGACAGACCAGGGAGAAGGGAAAAGAAUGGGCCUUUUUAUAAAGCGCUGGAGACAUGACGCGGGGACAGUGUACAAAGCUCAGCUCUAUCAGUUUUGCGGAUAACUCUCCAGCUCAGUUAGCGUCUUUGUCGAGGUGGACGCUGACGUGGGUGGAAGAUCGGACUCCACGUCUGGGCAGUGUCGUGGCCACAUUGCCAUCCUUUCGUCCGGGAGGCUGGAAGUCAGUGUAGUGGGAAAGCCAGGCCUUAUUUGGAGCUCGUGAAAGUGAGGUUGGUUGCUUACAAGGAAGAACAGGGACCCAGGCAACUCAAGGAAAUCUCAUUGGAGCUUACUGGAUCGUCAUCCGACGAAACACUCGUAUUUACUUCCGGCUUUGGAAGUUAAGGGAGAGCGGGAGAGCUCGCAGUCGGGAUCUCUCAAAGUCAUCCGGGGAUUCCAGGCUCUGGCACCGUGUCACGAGAUGCAGCGGUAGAUGGUAGUAGCACCUGGAAGGCCGAUGCAACUGGUGGUGAUCGUCCAGUUGCUAAUGUCCAAUGGACAAGACGCGGCUGCAAAGCGUCGAUGCUGCGUUGUGAGGCCUCCUCCCCGGUGUCCCCGGAGGCUGGAGAUGGAACAAGGGAGCUCCUCGCGGUGGGCUUUCCGGGUGCGUGCUACGAUCAAGCCUUUUGCGUCUCAUGCGACCGAGACCAUCGGCUCGGUUGCUUUCGACAGCUCCAACGAGUUGAUGGCAACGGGGGGUAUUGCUAGGAAGAUCAGAGUCUACGACAUCUCGGCGAUCCUGGACUCCGAGGACAAACAGCAGCAGGAUCAGGCUGCUGAUGAAGACGAUGAAGAUGGUCUCGAAGACGAAGACGAAGAGGGCCGCUUCGUGAGCUCUCGCCGGCGUGCUCGCAACACUUUCGACACGGACAGGAGCUCUCUGUCUGUCAUCUGCGCGCCGUCGAGGCUGAGCAGCUUGCAGUGGCGGCCGGGAAAGACAGGGACGAUCGCAUGCGGGGACUACGACGGGGUAGUGACAGAAUGGAGUGUGGAAAGACAAAUCCCGCUUGUGGAAAGAGACGAGCACGGCGGCCGGCACGUCUGGAGCGUCGACUACGCGACAGACAUGUCGGGCGUGUGUGUGUCGGCCUCGGACGACGGGACGGCUCGGGUGUGGCAAGGCGGCAUGGAAAGGUCAGCUCUCACAAUUCGGGCACCCGACUCAAAGCCGUUUUGCUGUGCAGAGUUUGAUCCUCUCUCGAGCACGCUGCUCGCGCUCGCCUGCGCCGACGGCAAAGUUUACGUGCACGACUUGCGAAGGCCCGAGUGCCCGGUGUGGACGCUGGCUCACCACCGCCGGGCCGCGAGCUAUGCACGGUUUCUAGACAGGGAAAGGCUGGUGACCGCGUCCGUGGAUAGCACUAUUUGCGUGUGGGACUUGGCGGCUCCUCCGGCUCCGCGGGUGGUGGAGAGCUUUAGUCAGCACCAAAACGUGAGGAACUUUGUGGGGCUCUCGGUGUGGAGGAAGGGAGAGAUGGUGGCGUGUGGAUCCGAGACGAACCAGGCAUACGUCUAUCAGGUCGGGAGCGGUGGUGGCGGUGAUCAAAGCUUUGUUUUGAGGCACCAGUUCUCGUCCAGUUCUUGGAGUUCUUCCACGGAUUCCUCCUCCGCGCGGAGGAACUCGAGCUUGGCGAGCGCGGUUUGCUGGAUGGAAGAUUGCUCGUGUACUCUCGCGGCUGCGAACUCGGAGGGAGUGCUGCAAAUCUUGUCUGGGGAGUUUGGCGGUGUUUAGAAGAUCCUCUUCAUCCAAAGGCCUUUACCUUUAAAAUUUUCAAACAUUCACAACUCGUUUCUAACUCCAAGAUGGAAACAGGGUUCAUCAUUCCCAAGAUUGAUCUCGUGAGGAGCUGGAGUGGUGGAUGUUCCGGCUCCAAGGCUCCCUCAGCUCAUCAGCAGCGUUGCUCUUCCAUAUUCAUUACUUCGACGACGAACACUUCUGGUGAAGUUAUGAUCUCUACAACUGGGCUUACAUCCCUUCGACGAAUCCACAUUGGGUGGUGACUCAAGGAAUUGAAAGCAAAGGUGAAAUUUACUCCAUAAUAGUUUCUUAUUCUCUUUUAACAAGUAUUUAAUUGAAAAAGUUUUGGUUGGAAAGAA